GUGACUGUUAAUGCUAAACAUUCGGAAAUGGAAAAUUUCUGUGGUGCCCCCUUCCCUUGUUGCACAAAGCACAUGCUUAUUUGACUUAAUGGUUCAUCAAAGCCCUGCGAGACAUCAAGGCUCCCAUAAGAGAAACAGGUUUCCUCUCAGAUAAGGUAGCAACUUGAGGCGCUUCAGGCAGGACGGCAGGGAGUGGGUGUGUUCAGCAGUUGAAAAGGAACAUGUGACUGUGAAUGUGGUUGUGGGUUGUUAGCUCCAACUGCACUUGCUUCUUUUUAAUUCCUCCAGCAGGUCUGAUGUCUUGCGAAGUCUGCAUUGCAGGCGGGGAGACCUGCCGUGGGAAGAUGCAACCUUGCUUUCUGGGGGGAGACACUUGCGCCAGCAUUUUAGGGGAGACCACCCUGGGCAUAGUGGCAUUUGCAGGUGCCUUGAAGUCCUGCACUGGGCACAGAGCUUGCAUCUGGACCAUGAGCGUUGGGCCUGGGAUCAGAUUUUCCUUCCUCUCAGUACCCCCAGUUAAUACUACAAGGAACGGCUUCACCUGCCCAGCUUGCUAUGCGAAAGAUUCGCAUUCGUGUGAAGCUGAAGGGUCCAUGGAUUGUACUGGAGCAGAGGACCAUUGCGUUCACAUUACAGGCAUUCUGGAAUCAUUAGAUGAUGCUGUGAAUGAAAGGCUUGCAGCCAGAGGUUGUGCUUUGCCGAGCAUCUGCGAGCAUAGCAAGGGGAUGGCUGUUUUUGCUGGUGUUUAUACUUACACACUAUCUACAGUCAGGGAAUGCUAUGCAGCCCCUUCUGUGAAGAAUGCUGUUUGUCUUCACCUCCAACAAUCCUGGUUGGAGACCCUUUUCCUCUGCACACUGCUGCUUCCAGUGUCCUCCUUUUGUAUUCCGCCCAAUCUCCCAUCCUGGCUGAUAAAGUGCUUCACUUGA